AUGGCGUCUCGCUUUCCGCCUCGAGAGCGAUCUCCCCAUCGGCAUAUCGACCGUCGCUCCGCCGCACCUCAAACCUCCUCCUAUAUCCCUUCUGGCCCUCGUGCUUCCGACGAUGGAAAUUCAACACCUCUGGGAAGGGAGCCCCCCCGUGGCCCAAAAGCUCUAAUUGACUCGUCAAGAGGCAUGUCUUUUGUCCCUCCUGGUCCUAGAGGCAGGGGUUUCCCAGCACGCGGUGACUUUAGAGACCGCGAGAGGGAUCAUGAUUCCCGAGACAUGCGCGAUGGGGCCCUUUCAUUUAGAAGAGAUAUGGAUAGAGACUGGCCCCGAAGAGACCGUGUUUUCGAUUCCAGAGAUGCCCGCGUUCCUUCUGGCCGUGGGAGAUCAAGGUCGCCUCCACUACGGGACUUUCGCGAUUCUAGAGAACCAGCUCCUAGGGAUUCUGAUGCGUCCAGGAUACGCCGAAAUUCCAGAGACGGGCCCACCGGUUCCGUAAUUGGGGUGCACGAUACAUCUGCUCCUUGUGGUCCGUCUCUGCGAGGCCGGGGCCGUGGCGACCGUGAGAGGGGGAGGGGCUGGGGCUUUUUGGACGAUCGCGACUCUUUCCGACGCAGAAGCCGUUCGAGGGAUGGAUGGAGGGAUCGUGAACGUGACCGCGACCGUGAUCGCGAUAGGGAUAGGGAUUUUGAACGCUAUGAUAGGUUUGAUAGGCGCGAAGAUGAUCGGCGUUCGGAACGAGAUGAUAGAGAACGCGAACGGCCUUGUGAACGCCGGGACUCGUGGAGAAAAGAUCGACCCUCAACCAGAACCGAACUUAAAAGUACAUCAGCCGUCAUUCCUCCAGCCUCACCUACUCCAUCCUCGUCAUCCACGCUAAGUACCAAAAAAGUUGUCCAACCCGAAAUCCAUGAGUUAACUAGGAAACCCACAUUCCCGGCACAAAGCACGGAGGAUUCUUGGCAGGAGUCGGAUCGACAGGAGCGCCCUCCAGUCCGUUUAGAUGUGCCACAAAGUCGGCUCAUUUCACAACAUUCUCCUCCCCCAUCCGCCCUAGAAGUCCCUGCCUUCGGAUCCAUCAUUAGUCCCAACCCAAGCCCCAAUGACGUUCCUUCCACAUUAUCCACCCAAGCCAGGGGCUUAGCGGAAGCUUCCACAACACCGACUACUAGUAAGCCAGAAAAAGAACAUGUGGAUGUGUCCUCUUCCUUGCCCGUAUUACCGCCUACUGGACCAAGAUCUGAGAGAUUAGAGUUUGAACACUCACACGACGCCCGAAUCCCCCGUCAGCAUGUUCCAGAUGUUCGGGGGAAAGCUGAGGCACCACUUCGCCCAGCACGGCACUUUCCACCAUCAUCGAGAUCCCCGAGCAUGACUAUGCGUGAUCCAUCUGCCUUAGCAGGUGUAUCUGGUGGAAAGGAUGCAAUUCCUUCAUCAAUUCAGGCAGAUGCGACAUCCCAGGACACUAAGCCUCUGGGAUUACGAGCCAGCCCCCGACCAAACUCUUCAUCUGGAUCUCCACCUACCUCGCAAUCAAUGGGAGGCAUUUCACUCUCCCACCGGUCUGGCUCACCGCCUGUCCCGCCAUCCGCUUCAUUUAGGUCCCCUGGAUCGAAGACGUCUCCACGAAUUUCUUUGACUUGUAUUCCCACAGGACCACGAGCGCUUCAGAGAUCAAAUGCUCCAAGGAGCGCACCUAAACCUAGUAAUCAAUGGGUUCGCCCAGGGUAUGCGAGUCGUGGACCGUCCAUCAUGAAUUUUCCAUCCCCUAUAAAGCGCGACGUAUAUGAAGAAAAGGAGCGAGGGUCGUUCAACGUGAUUGAUGUUUAUAAAUCUCACGAACUUGAGGGUUUCCCUCAUCGAGAAAAUUCCAAGUUAUCGCCACUUACUGAGCGGAUCGAUCGUCUUUCCGGUCAGGACGAAAACAAUGUUAUCGGAGUGGUUGUAGAUGCAUCCUCGGAAAAACAGGGGCUUUCUGCCACAAUUCCACCGAUAGCAGAGCGAGUCGCGCCCCCCCUAACGUUUGGACAAUCCAGCGGGGAAGAAACAGAUGAGGAAGAUGAUUUAGAUGAAGAAGACUUCAACGAGGGGGAGAAACGAUUUGAAAAGGAAAUGCAAGCUUUGGCUUCCGAAAUGCCACCCUCAACUCUUCAGGAUCCUGUUAUAGUUGACUUACUGCUACAAAUUCAAAUGUUAGGUAUCCUCGCUGAGGGGGUUGUCCCCACAUAUAUGGACCUACCAGACGCGGCAAUUGAAAUUGAGAGACCAGAGCAACCUCCAGCUGUCAUUCCCGUAUCAGCAAGAGAAGCACAGGAUAUUGAAGCUCCGCCACCCUCGUCACCAAUUGCCCAAGCGCACACUGGCCCUCCCCUCGAAAUGUCAUCGCUCGAAAGCCUUCCUUUUCUCCAAUCUGGGCCACCCACACCUUUUUCCGACAUAUCAGCUUAUCAAGAAACGAUUCGGUCGCACGAUCUGUUGAAGGAGGCUCUUCGCGAGGAAUUAGCGAAGCAGCGUAAAAGAACAUCCCUUCAGCAUCAGGAACUACGACGAGAGUAUGCUAAAUAUUACAAACCUUGGAGGAUGGCAGUGGAAGAACUUGAUCGCACGAGCAGACAAGAGAAGACAACCACUCCAGGUCCAUCCACUCCACCGUCAGCCUCGGGAACCGCUACUACACCAAGCGCCACCACCGAAGGAAGAAGAGGUUACAAACUUAACAGCGAGCUUGACUUCCAAAAUGCGCUGAUAGCGUCCACCAUUACUGCCCAAGAAGAGCAAGCACGUCGUCGUGAAAAGGAAGGGCCUGCGAAGCCAGAUAUAACUAAAGAAGCGCUCAUCCCGGAUAUGUUCGAAGAACAAGAGAGACUAGCUUUCGUUUUCAAAGACACGAACCAUGCCGUAGAUCCUGCUACUGCGUUUGAGGUUUUCGCAUUUCAUCCGACACCUGACGACUUCACACCCGAGGAACAGAAGAUUUUCACAGAGGCAUUUUUAGCCCACCCCAAAAAAUGGGGGAAAAUUGCGGAAUAUCUUCCAGGACGGGACUUUCAGGCGUGUAUCAAUCAUUACUAUUUUACAAAACAAGAGUUCAAGUACAAGGCCAAGUUGAACAGAAAAUAUGUUCGAAAACGCGGGAAAAGGACGCCUGCUACGAGAAAUCCAAAAUCAAAUGCUCUCAUGUCAGAUCUUGGUGUUCGGCCCGACGACGAAGGUGACGAAGCAGAAACACCUGCUGUCACUGAUACCGGCCGACCUCGACGAGCUGCGGCCCCGACUUUUGGUGAAGUUGGUCCGGAUACGGAGAACAGCACACCUACUCCCAGUUCGGGAAAAAGAGGAAACCACGUGAAGGAUCCAGCGGAUCCCGGAGCAGAGAAGGCUCCCAGCAGACGUGGCGGAAAAGCGGGAGGUGGACGCGGCGGUAAACGAGCAAAGGCACAACAGCAAUCCUCACUAACUACUCCAAUUGCUGUGACACCAAUAAUUGAACCCGACGGGCUAGCGGAUACGGUGCCAGAAUUGGUGGUUACAAAAAAGAAGGAAGAGCAGAAGGAUAUUGCUCCAGAUCAUCUCACUCAACAAGGAAAACCUACCAAUGCCUGUGAGAAAGAAAACGUUUAUGUUUUUGACGCUGUCGAACCUGAAGUACCGGCAAAACCUGUCGAGACCAGAUCUGGGUUUCUCCAGCCCACAAGCUACUGGUCUGUACCGGAGCAACGCGAGUUUCCAGACCUUAUUAGACAUUUUGGGAAAAAUUUCGAAGCUAUCUCCCAAUAUAUGAGGACCAAAACCCCUACAAUGAGGCGUGUUGACUCUGGACAAACAACUUUGGAGGAAUACGCUGAGAUGGCUGAGGCCAAGAGGUUAAGUGGAGAAUCCCCAGGCCCUCUUCCAAUUCCAAAUAUCCCUCCCAAACGACGCUACGAAGCUACACCAUCUUCUGUCUCUUCGCGACCGCUCGCGCCAAAUACUGAAGCUACGGAGUCAGUGGAUGCGUCUCUGGCCUCCGAACCAAACGCCUCAACCGUUACUCUGUCGACUCCACACCCACAAGGGACUCAAACUCGAUCGCGACUCGAUGGGAACCGUUCUCAGCCUAGGUUUUACCCCCUCGCUCAAGCAACAGCCCUUCCCGGAACUCCACUACCACCAGCAAACGACGAGUUACGACCCCGUUCCAUUCGUCCCCAGCCGCCACAAACGCAACACAAUCAGCAAGGCCCCCGAGCUGGAUAUUUCAGCGACGAAAGAAAAGAUAACCUCACCAUAAUUCCUAUUCCUCCUCUCAGCGUUCGGUCUCCGGAGCUUCAAAGGCAAAACCAGCAACCGGAUGGGAAUUCUUUGCUGAAUCAGGGAAGAGGUUCCACUUUACACAUCCAAAAUUUGUCUCAUAGUGACCUACUACCCCGACCUAAAGAGACUCAGGAAACAUUGCGGCCUCCUCAGUCACUAACCCAACCUCCCCGCUUUUCUCAAACGCAAUAUCUUCAGCAGUCCCAGACAAACAGCCCGACUACCCCGGUGACACGGACACAUUCGGGACGUUCGAGCAUAGCUAUUCCUACAUCGACAGCCGCAUCUCCCAUUCAGCGCGUCCCGAAACAAGAGUUUGAGCCAGCGAGUCUACUUCGCAAUGAUACAGUUGAACCGCUGAAAUCAGUUCUGCCACCCCCUAACCAAUUCGUAGUGAUCAAAACUUAG